UUUAAGUGACAUCCCAUUCUUAAUCUAAAGGGUUUAAUAUGACGUCGGCCCACCCUUUGCAGCUAUAACAGCUUCAACUCUUCUGGGAAGGCUUUCCACAAGGUUUAGGAGUGUGUUUAUGGGAAUUUUUGACCAUUCUUCCAGAAGCGCAUUUGUGAGGUCAGACACUGAUGUUGGACGAGAAGGCCUGGCUCGCAGUCUUCGCUCUAAUUCAUCCCAAAGGUGCUCUAUCGGGUUGAGGUCAGGGCUCUGUGCAGGCCAGUCAAGUUCUUCCACACCAAACUCGCUCAUCCAUGUCUUUAUGGACCUUGCUUUGUGCACUGGUGCGCAGUCAUGUUGGAACAGGAAGGGGCCAUCCCCAAACUGUUCCCACAAAGUUGGGAGCAUGCAAUUGUCCAAAAUCUCUUGGUAUGCUGAAGCAUUCAGAGUUCCUUUCACUGGAACUAAGGGGCCAAGCCCAGCUCCUGAAAAACAACCCCACAUCAUAAUCCCCCCUCCACCAAACUUCACAGUUGGCACAAUGCAGUCAGACAAGUACCGUUCUCCUGGCAACCGCCAAACCCAGACUCGUCCAUCAGAUUGCCAGAUGGAAAAGCGUGAUUCGUCACUCCAGAGAACGCGUCUCCACUGCUCUGGAGUCCAGUGGCGGCGUGCUUUACACCACUGCAUCCGACGCUUUGCAUUGCACUUGGUGAUGUAUGGCUUGGAUGCAGCUGCUCGGCCAUGGAAACCCAGUCCAUGAAGCUCUCUACGCACUGUUCUUGAGCUAAUCUGAAGGCCACAUGAACUUUGGAGGUCUGUAGCGAUUGACUCUGCAGAAAGUU